AUGAGUUUUUUUAGAGUCAAACUACAAAGAUCCACCAUUGGUCUCCCAAGAGGGAUUCGAAGUGUUGUAGAAUCUCUAGGACUCGGAAAGCGCCAUUCGGUCGCGUAUUGUGAAGUCAAUCCUAUGUCUGCUGGUAAAAUAUUUAAAAUCAAAGAAUUGGUGAGUGUAUCUGAAGUACAAAAGGUACUAUCAAAAGAGGAAGAACGAAAAGCCAGAUCACCCCCCAGUGGAUUUACAGUUGUACAUCGAAAAUUUCCUACAGCAUAA